GGGAGAGAGACAAGCAGAGGGACUUUCUCGAAAGUUUACUAUGAUACUCGGUAGGUCUCUCAAGAGACGGGAUCAAGGACAGAAAUAGCUUGGCAGGGGAUCAGAUAUGGAGGUAGUAGAGAAGGUCCUGAAUGUGGCCCACAUCAUCUACGCCCAGUGCGAACAAGUGAAGUGCUGUAAACACCAGUGCCGCCGUCUUGUGUACCGCGUUCGCAUCCUGCUGAGGCCUGUGGAGGUCCUCAGGGCACAGCCUCCAAAACAAAUCUCCUCCCAGGUAGAAGAGACGCUGCAGCAGCUGCUGGAGACUUUGGAGAAGGCCCAGGAGCUGGUGAAGAAGUACAGCCAGACGAACUGGCUGCAGAAGUUCCUGAAAGCCAGCGAUGUCAUGGAAGAGUUUGCACGGGUGAACGAGCGCCUUGGGGAUGCUGCUCAAGGGCUCUCACUCCUGCUUCAGGCUGAGCAUAAACAGUCCUUCCUCGAGACCUUUCAGCGAGACACCCGCAGCAGGGAGGACAGCCAGGACACCAAGGAUGACAAAGCCCUCUGGGAGGAGCUGCUCACAAGAAGUACAGUGACCAAAGAUGCAGUGGAUAACGUCCACAAUGAUGUCAGACAUGUGGGAACAAAGGUGGAGGAUGUGGGAAGCAGGGUGGAAGAAGUUCGCCAAAUGAUGCAAAAGUUGCAGGAUGCAGUCAUGAAAAAGGACAAUGCUAUUCCAAGAGAGGAAAUCACUGAGAUUAGGAUGGAGGAUCUCACUAAAACCUCAUGGACCUUCCUGAUGGACUCCAAAAGCCACACGCUCUACAAAGGAGAAUUCUACAAGUACCCUGUUGCCAUCAAAGUCUUCAAAAACCCUGUGAUCACCUCCACCGAGAAGGUGAGGGAGAUUUUCAGGAAGGAGAUUGAAACCAUGAAGAAGUUUGAGUCUCCGAACAUCCUUCGUAUGUACGGUAUCUGCAUCGACGAGAGAGAUUCGAGCCCUUGUUUCUCCAUUGUCAUGGAGUACUGUGAAAAGGGGACCCUGCGGGAUGUGCUGACAAGAAAACCCCACCUCCCCUGGGAGACUCGCAUUCGGAUGGCACUAGAUGCGGCCAGAGGCCUAUACAGGUUGCACCAGACGGGGGAGAAGUCUAAAUUGCAUGGAUGCAUCAAUAGUACCAAGUUCCUAGUUGCUAAAGGUUACUGUGUGAAGCUGUCAGGAUUUGAACUGAGUAAAACUGAGUCAUCCAUUAAGAGGAGCUGCAAGAAGAAAGUGACAGAUGUCCCUGCUUCGGCUUACAUCUCUCCCCUGGGCCUAGCUUCCCUGUGCCACAAGUAUGACAUGCCCAGUGAAAUAUACAGCUUCGGGAUCGUCCUGUGGGAGAUUGCGACCAGCAAAAUUCCAUUUGAAGGCUGCAGCUCCCAAGAGAUCUAUCAGAAAGUUUAUGAGCAACGUUACCAGGCUCCUGUUGGGGAAGAUUGCCCCUCCCACCUGCGGGAUGUCAUCAACCAGUGCCGGGCCUUUGAGCCUUCGCAACGUCCUUCUGCAGAAGAGAUUGUGGACUCGCUGAUAGCCAUCUAUGGCCAGAUAAAUACAGCAAGCUAGCUGCAAGACACAAACACAAGGAGCCCCGUGAAGAAAGCAGCCAAGUGCGGUUAGGAGCAAAGCAUGGGCUGCUCCAUCCCUGUCUACCAUGACUCUCUAGCAUGAAGGUUGUCACACUUCUCCAGCUCUGUAGACUCUGCUUUUUUUAAACAGCAUUUUGACCUGCCCUCCAACUUCGAGGGUGCAACUCUGAGCCUUUAAAGUCGUGCCUGCAAUUUUGCAUCUGCAAUUUACUGUGGACACGGUUUAUAGCACUUAGAUGUCUCCCUUCCUGAGCAUGCUGCCACGAUUAGAAAGCCAUUUCUAUUUCAUGUAGGGGGACCAGCCUAUCAUCCUGAAGGGAAGCUCCCUUAGCACUGUCAACAGGGUGGGGGGAGUCAAGGUGAGGCUGUGAUAGCUUGGGUGCUGGCUUUAGGUGGGGAACUAAUACUUAUGAGCAGGGGGUUGGACUAGAUGACCUCUUGAGGUCCCUUCCAACUCUGAUAUUCUAUGAUUCUAUGUGGAAAAUUGAGAGAGUUUGGCAAAUGGUGGUAGGUAUCAAGGUGCAGGUGCUUGUCCCUAGCACUGCAGGGGGUUUUGUAGCUGGGGUAAGGAGCAGGCUAGGUAGGGGGGUCAGUUUAAAGCAGGGGUCUCAAACACAUGGCCCACAGGCCUAUUUCCUGCGGCCUACAUCCAGGCCAGGGGUGGGCAAACGACACCCACAGGAUUGUCCCCUCAAGCCCCACGCUGGCUGGCAUCACGUCCCUGCAUCCGGGGGGGGGGGGAAGGGAGAAGCAGAGGGCUCCGUCCCUGUGUUGCCCUGGCUUCCAGGCAUGCCACCCCCCAUCCCCUCCCCCGCAGCUCCCAUUGGCCAGGAACGGGGAACCACGGCCAAUGGGAGUUUGGGGGGAGGUACCUGGAGGAGCGGCAAGCAGCGUGCGCAGCCCUGCGUCCUCCCUCCCCCAGGGGCCGCAGGGACAUGGUUCCAGCUACUUCCCAGAGCCGAGCAUAGCGGGGCUGGAGCUGGCAGCCUGCCCUUGGCCCGGCGUGUGCUGAUGCCACCCCAGAGCCCUCCUGGACCCUGCCCCCCAACCCCCUGCCCUGGGCCCCCUGCCGCAUCACACACCUCUCCUGCACCCCAACCCCCUACCCU